GUAGAGCUUCAUAUCUCACUCUAACCCAACCCAACCCCCCAGACUAAACCAGUAUCCCGGAGAAAUGGUCACCACAGAAGCCAACCCAACUCCACCAUUCUCUUCCCAAAAGCUCCCAUGGAUCCGCACGCCAUUGAUAGAAAACAAUGCUCUGUCCAAAGCUGCUGGAUGCAGAGUGCACAUGAAAAUGGACAUGUUCCAACCUGCCGGUUCAUUCAAAUCUCGAGGAAUAGGAAACUACUGCCUCAAAGCCGUCCGCUCCAGACCCAAUCGUCCGAUCCAUUUCUACAGCUCGAGCGGUGGUAACGCCGGCAUCAGCAGUAACAGCCUCCCGGGCUCUCUCCCAGAGCGUAACGGUAAUCGUACCCGCCACCACAACCCCCCUAAUGAAGUCCAAAAUCCAGCGAGCGGGGGGGGCAGUGGUCACUCACGGAGCCAGCUGGUCCGAGGCGGACGCGCACACGCGUGCGCUGGUAGCAGCAGAUUCAAUUGGCGUGUACUGCCCCCCCUUCGACGCAGAGGAUAUAUGGGAGGGGAACAAGACGCUAGUGGACGAACUCCUCGAUCAGCUCGCGGGCACGGGACAAUCCCUCGACGCAAUCAUCCUCUCCGUCGGCGGCGGCGGGCUCUUAUGUGGCGUGCAGAUGGGCCUGCUGGAGCGUGGGCUUGGGCACAUCCCGCUGAUCGCGGUGGAGCCCGAAGGCGCAGCGGGUCUUGCUGCGUGUUUGAGAGGGGGCGGGUUAGUGGAAAUGUUGCAAGGAGGGCGUUUGAGCUUGCGUGCCAUGGGAAUGUCCGCAGCGUAAUUCUGUCCGACACCCAGGCCGCCCUGGGUGCGGUAAGGUUGAUGGAUGACGAGAGGGUGGCUGUCGAGCCGGCUUGUGGGAUUUCCGCGGCCGUGGUUUACGACAAUGUGCUUAAGAAGGUGUGUCCCGAGUUGGGGCCUGAGAGUAACGUUGUGCUGGUUGUUUGUGGAGGGAAUAGUAUAUCCGCGGAAAUGCUGGCAGAGUAUAGAACGACUUAUGGCCGUUUGGAAACCCCGGUGGCAAUCCAUAAUUAUGCUAAUUGAACAGCUCGUCGAUGCUGUCGCGGGGGCCGGGGGGAUAUUCAGCUCAGUUUCUAUUGUCACACUUUAGAUUUCAUGUCAAGCAAUCGUUUCCCUUCCUUCCCCCUCCAAGAAGCCAAGAAACCAAUAGAGCCAGAUAAGCAAUAAGAACGAAACCAGCCCAGAACUUGAUAACAUUA